GCAACCUGCCGCUGCCAAGGGCUGGGCCUUCCACGCUCCAGGUCGGUGAGAGGUGAGCUAGUAAGCUAGACGGACACGUGAGUAGGAGGAACGCGAGACACGCAAGCUUCAGACUUGGUCGCACAUCCGUCCAUUGGUUCCUCGCAAAGCAGUGAUGAACUGCGAGCAGACGCUUCACGUCUAGCGGUGACGGUGUAUUGUUUACUAUUCUCGUGAUUUCGAAAUCCGCAAGACGCAUGGGGACGCAUCGCACUGCCGUCUGCCGUCUGCGACGGCCGCAACAGUGCAGCUCGCCCACCUGCGUGCUGCUCGCGAGUCUGUUGUGCUUGGCCGCGGUUCGCGCGGCUUCCAUUGGCGUGGGGCAAGCAGCGCGGCAGUCGCGGUACUUCCUUCUCCCCGGCAACCCCUACAACGCCAAGUGCCUCGACGGCAGCCCGCCCGCGUACCAGUACCGGCCCGGCUACGGCGCCGCCAGCCAGUCGUGGCACAUCCACCUGCCGGGGGGCGGCUGGUGCUCCUCCCUAGAGAAGUGCUUAGAGCGCGCCAACACCAAGCUCGGGUCCACACGUGGCUUGCAACGACUGGCUGGCGGCGUGCCAACGGGGCAAAGCGCAAGCCGCAGCAGCAGCAGGGCGAGCAACGAUAAUGGCGACCCCGACGCUCCCCCGCGCGGCAUAACGAGUCCCGACGCGGCGACGAACCCCGUCUUCCACAACUGGCACCUCGUGCGCCCCGUGUACUGCGACGGCGGGGGCUUCGCGGGGCGCGCGGGGUACAGGGCGGCAGCGAACGGCAGCGCGGGCGCGGGCGUGCACCUGGACGGGUGGCGCGUCAUCCACGCCAUCCUCGCCGAUCUGCGCGCCAACCGCGGCAUGACGGCGCCGGCGCGCAUCGUGCUGUCGGGCAGCUCGGCCGGCGGGCAGGCGGUGGUGACGCUGUGCGACCUCAUGCCGCUGCUCUUCCCGCGCGCGCUCGUCAAGUGCAUCAUGGACGCGGGGCUCUUCGUCGACGCGGAGGACCGCACGAAUCGGCGCGCUUUUGCAGCGAUGGUGAGGGCCACGGUGGGGCUGCACCAGAUGCGGAUCAACUGGCAGUGCAGCCAAGCCAUCCCGCCCCCCAACCAGUGGCGGUGCUUCUUCCCGCACCAGGCGCUGCGCCACGUGGCGUCGCCGGUGCUGGUGGUGAACUCGCUGUUUGACUACCGCGCGCUCAUGCUGGGCAACCAGCUGCCCGCCAACCAGGCGCGGGCCACGGCGUGCCUGCAGCAGAUCGCGCGCGAGGGCGGCACGGACCUGCUCAAGUCCAUCAAGACCCAGCGCUGGCGCCAAGAACCGUCGGCGCUGGCGGAGAUUCAGACUGGAGGGGUGCUGACGGGAGGCGGCUAUAGGGGGGGAGAUUUGGGUAACAGGUUGACGAGCACUGUCGAGGAAGGGGACAGUCCUGGUAGUGGGGCAGGGAGGCGAAAAGAAGCCAAGGGGGCAGCUGGAGGGUCAGGGGAGAAGGGGAUGAGGGGAACAGGAGGGGUGGAAGCAGCAGCAGCAAGGUCUGUGUGUGACCCUGCAGAGCACCGGGCGGUGCUGAAUGUGGCGUGGCAGAUGAUUCAAUACACCGAUGCCGCUCACCUGGAGCUGGGACCCACUGUCAGCACAUUCGUCACUCCAGCCAUCGCGCACUGCGCACUCACUAGCCCAAAAUGGGACUCGCUAACUGAUAAAGGCGUCACUCUUAGAGAUGCAGUCACUAGAUGGUAUAGGAGGCCUCUAUGAUGAUUCCGUGUACCUCAUGAAUGUGCUUUAUUGUUGUACCUAUCCAUCAUUGUAUUAUAUUGCGCUCAUUACUCCAAGCU